AUGGAGGACCAGGGCAAGACUGAGGUGGUCAACCUAACAGGGAGCUGCUUCUGUCGUCGUCUAACGUACAAGUUGAGAUUAGAUAGCAAAGACGAUGCGAGGACUAGUCUCUGUCACUGCAGCAACUGCAAGAAGGCGUUCGGAGGAGCAUUUGGGCUGACGGCAAAGGUGCCAUUGCAGUCGUUCCUCUAUACGAAGGAGAGUGGGACGCCCAAGAUUCAUUCUGCAGACAACGGAUCGGGUUCUAUCAUCCACCGCGAGUUCUGCAACACCUGCGGCAGUUACAUCUGCGAGUAUGGAGAUGCUGUAAAAGACAACUUUCGCUACAUCGCAGUCGGUUCUCUCGACGAUCCAUCCGCCCUCCCACCAAAAGGCGAAUUCAACUGCAUCGAGCGCGAAAAGUGGAUGCCAGAAAUUCCUGAUGUAUUCCACAAGCAGAAGAUCAAGGAGUGA